AUGUAGAUCAAUCAAACCCCUAUAUGAACAGGUACAUUUUGAUAUAUAACACUAUAUAACUAUGGGGGUAAGCGUUUUAUAGUUGAUCACGAAUGCCAUAUGUGCAGGGUAUUCACACCAUAGUUUUUGGCGGAGUAAUACCAAUACAUUUGCAAUCUCUUACCAAAUCGUGCAGUACAAGCCUACAUCUCAGAUUUAGAUAAUUAAUAGUUGAAACGAAAUAAAAAUGAUUUAUUUUUGAAGUUCUUCUUGAAUAAUAUAAGAAUAAGUAUCCCUUCUCGUAGGAUCUCAUAUCAGCGAGAUUAGUCGAGUGACGUCAUGGACUUCGUGCAGAAAGAAUUUUUUAAAGAAUUUUGAACAGAAAUAUUACUCUAUUUACGCAAUAUUUACAGUCAAAAUCCCCUAGUACUUUCGUUCUUUAUUUGGAAAAGAUAUCCAAGAACAUAACUAAAAAACGAACUCUGCUAUAGAAGUAAACAUAACCUUGUAUAAUGUCCCGACAUGAAGGGGUAAGCUGCGAUUCAUGUCUGAAAGGGAAUUUCCGGGGACGUCGUUACAAGUGCUUAAUCUGCUAUGAUUAUGAUCUUUGUGCCACUUGUUAUGAAGCAGGAGCAACAACCACUCGUCACACUGCUGACCAUGCCAUGCAGUGUAUCCUUACUAGGACUGAUUUUGAUUUAUUCUAUGGCGGUGAAGGUUUGACUGCUGAGCAGCCGCAGGCAUUCACCUGUCCCUACUGCAGCAAGAUGGGCCUCACAGAGACGUCACUACAAGAACAUGUCACAGCAGAGCAUGCAGAAUCAUCAUUAGAAGUGGUAUGUCCCAUAUGUGCAGCCCUACCUGGAGGAGAUCCUAAUCAUGUGACAGAUGACUUCACAGCUCAUCUUACACUAGAACACAGAGCCCCUAGAGAUUUCGAUGAACAACAACUACCCGGUGUACGUCAUGUUCGCAGAAUCCCACACCCAGGACGAGGAUUAGGAGGUACGCGUGCACGUAGGCAACACAUGCAUUUUAGCUCGGCCAGCUCCGCCUUGUCAGCACUGUCACCUUCAGGAGGUAGAGAACAGAUGGACCCCAUAGCAGAGCUGUUGUCCCAGUUAUCCAGUGUGCGGAACAGGGCAGCAGCGGCUCAAAGUGUGUCUAGUCAGCUGCAGCAGCUAGAGGCACAGCUACAGACAACAAGUAAUGGUAACUCAGAGGGUGGAUUGUACACUACUGACCUAGCACACAUUGCCUUUGUACAGAGACAACAGUUGGAACGGUUGCCACGGAGACAGGGGGAAUUGAACCGCUUGGCAACAAGUGGCCACACACAAAUAGAACUGCCUGGGGUAGCCCCUAGUAACAUUAUAAACAACACAAGCAACAGUAGUAGUAACUCUAGUUCACAAUAUCUCUUGGCCAGGGUGACAGAGCCAGAGUUAACAGAGAAUGAGCGCCUAGCGACAGAAACUGACCGGGCAGAUCGCAGUUUGUUUAUACAAGAAUUACUCUUGUCAUCAAUGACAGAACACUUGCAGUUAAAUGAGACCCAGUCUAGAAACAGUGUUAGCAGUAGCUCCAGUGCUACAUCAUUCAAUGCUUCAGAUACAGACUCAGCCUGGUUAACCCCAGAUAGUAGCCUCCAUAAUUUGCCAACAGAUGGAGCCACUGCUAGUGGUGGUCUACAUAAAGAGGGCGCCAGUAGUGUUAGGCAAAAGAGCGUUUCAGGAUCGGAACCGCCUAAAACCACCAAAGUUUCCACAUCCACUCGGCCCAAAGUGAGUAGGUCAACUAGCAGUACUAAUUCAGCAACACCUACGUCAACGACGACGUCGUCAUCAACACAGAGAGUGAUGCCACCUAGUGGUAGAAGGCGUAAUAUGGUGAAAACUCUAGAUAACAGUAAAAGAUCCGAAAGAGAACCCCCACCUCAGAAAACACAAUAA